UUCUUAUCUCUCUUUGUCCCGCCUGAGCUGGGCUAUUUGCUUCGGCUCUCGUUCAUCGGAAGGUUCUUCUCUCCGCCGCCGACAACCGCCAUCUCCGCCGUCUCUGAGCUCUAUAUAAAAUUGAGUUUGCUAAGCGAGAUUUUAGCUUUCAAAUAACUUUCACUAGCCUAAAUUGCUCUUAAUCAGAUUGAAGUUUAAACAUUAGAAAUCGAUGGCGCAUAGGUUGCUGAGAGAUGCUGAAGCUGAUGGAUGGGAACGAUCUGAUUUCCCUAUUAUAUGCGAGUCGUGUCUCGGUGACAGUCCGUAUGUGCGAAUGACAAAAGCAGAUUAUGACAAGGAGUGCAAGAUCUGCACGCGACCCUUCACAGUGUUCAAGUGGAGGCCUGGUCGGGAUGCGAGAUACAAAAAGUCUGAGAUCUGUCAGACCUGCAGCAAAUUGAAGAAUGUUUGUCAAGUUUGCCUGUUAGAUCUUGAAUAUGGUUUGCCCGUUCAGGUCCGAGACACUGCUCUCAGUAUCAACUCAAAUGAUGCCAUCCCAAAGAGUGACGUAAAUAGAGAAUAUUUUGCAGAGGAGCAUGACCGCAGGGCAAGAGCUGGUAUUGAUUAUGAAUCUUCAUAUGGGAAAGUCCGUGCAAAUGAUACUAUCUUGAAGCUUCAAAGAACAACUCCAUACUACAAGAGAAAUCGGGCACAUGUUUGCAGUUUCUUCAUACGUGGUCAAUGUACAAGAGGUUUGGAGUGUCCUUACCGGCAUGAGAUGCCUGAAACAGGGGAGUUGUCACAGCAAAAUAUCAAAGACCGUUACUAUGGGGUCAAUGAUCCAGUGGCUUUAAAGCUACUUAAUAAAGCAGGUGAAAUGCCUUCAUUGGAGCCCCCUGAUGACGAGAGCAUUCGAACCCUCUAUGUGGGUGGUGUUGAUGCAAGAAUCACUGAGCAGGACCUUAGGGACCAUUUUUAUGCACAUGGUGAAAUUGAGUCCAUUAAAAUGGUGGUCCAGCGUGGUUGUGCUUUUGUAACUUACACGACUAGAGAAGGUGCGGUGAAGGCAGCUGAGGAACUUGCAAACAAGUUGGUGAUAAAGGGCCUGAGACUGAAGCUACUCUGGGGGAGGCCUCAAGUUCCCAAGCCAGAGUCCGAGGUCUCUGAUGAAGCAAGACAGCAGGCUGCUUUAACUCACAGUGGUUUGCUGCCUAGAGCAGUAGUAUCACAGCAGCAGAAUCAGCCUCUUCAGCCACCAGGCACUCAGGACCAACCUCCAUCCAUGCCUUACUUCAACAUACCCCCGAUGCCUCAGCAAGACAGACCAUAUUAUCCAUCAAUGGAUCCACAAAGGAUGGGUGCCGUAAUUGCAUCCCAGGAAGGGGCAUCUAGUUCAACUACAGGAUCUGGUCCUGGUGAAAAUAAAAUCGGUUCUGAUCAUCAACAAGGACACCAUUAUGCAUAUCCACCUGGAGGGCCACCACCUCCGGGUCAAUUUUACCCACCUUAUUAUCGUCCACCCUAUGGAUAUAUGCCACCACCUCCUCCACCUUAUCACCAGUAUCCUCCUCCACCUUAUCAAGCUACAGCACCCCCACCACCUAGUGCUCAGCAAGCCGCACAUCAGCAGAACCCUCGGCCAGCUGCAGCAGCAACCACACAGCAGCCUUAAUCUGGGCAGUUUUGUCAGACAUCUGCAAUGGUCAUGAUCGAUACUCUUCCAACAAUUUCGAUGAACUUUUCAACCUACCACGCUACAAGAGGUAUUUAGACUUCACUUCUCAUGAAGUUAAUGAUCAGCUGGAAAAUCACAGCAACAAGAGACUCAAAUUUAGUCAUGAUGAUGAAUUUGUCAACGUCGAAAAGAGAGUAGUUGAAUUUAGUAACAAAGAGUUACCAUGCCUAAAAAUAGUGGCUGGAUCUGUAUACAUACCUAAAGACGAUCCAAAGAAGCCUUUAGGUGAAGAUGCACACUUCAUACAUGAAUUAUUCCAAACUAUUGGUGUCGCGGAUGGCGUUGGUGGCUGGGUAAAACAGGGGAUUGAUGCUGGAAUAUACGCAAGAGAGCUUAUGAAGAAUUCACAUAUCGCUACAUAUGAUGAAGCUAUGAAAGGUCAUGUGAACCCUAAAAGGGUUCUUGAAGAAGCUUACAAAAACACACAUUCAAAAGGAUCGUCUACAGCUUGUAUUAUAACUCUUAACUCAGAAAAAAAUACUAUAGUUGCUGCUAAUGUUGGUGAUAGUGGAUUUUUACUAAUCAGAAAGGGAAAAAUUAUAUACAA